UGCUGAUCCAGUAAGCAGAGAUUCUCCACCCUUGGAAGCCUUUUUAUACUUGCCUGAGAUGGUUGAGGUGUUUUCCAGUCUGAAGUCAAGGAAUUGGGGAAGAUCAAUCUCAUGGUUCUCUCUCCACUAUUUCAUGGCAUUUUUUCUUUAUUUCUUACAGAGCCACUUUGUGGCAUGUAUGACAGCCAUCUUAAACCAGAUGGGUGACCAGCACUAUUCCUUCUAUAUUGAGACUUUCCAGACCAGCUCUGAACUUGUGGACUUCUUGAUGGAGACAUUCAUCAUGUUCAAGGACCUCAUUGGGAAAAAUGUGUAUCCUGGAGACUGGAUGGCCAUGAGCAUGGUUCAGAACAGGGUCUUCCUGAGAGCAAUCAACAAGUUCGCAGAAACCAUGAACCAGAAGUUCCUGGAACACACAAACUUUGAGUUCCAGGAUCUCUGGCAGUGCAAGCCUAGGAAGUUGCCAGUGAACUGA